AUGGUCAUUCGCGCAUCCGAUGCACACUGCCGUUUAGCACUCACUGCUGCGCAUUAUUUCUCCAAUAAGCUUCUCGAUGACAAUACGGAUGUCUACUCCUCUUCUAGAGUCCUCAUCUCUCUAUCUGGCAUUCUCAAUAACUCUCCUGUUUCUCCACCCGAUCUCCUUGGAUCUCAACUUGCCCAACACUUUGUGGAUUACCUUCAAGCGAACGCAACUCAACUUGGCAUCGCUCUCUUGUCUGGCUUAUAUCUCGAUACUGACGGUCAUGUCAAAUUAAUAGUUACACCUGCUGUCUAUUCCCCUGCUGGCCCACAUCUUCAACGUGCUCAUGUUUAUCUUACCGCAAUCAACCUCAAAUACGUUUGGACGACAACCAACCAGUUUUCUGACGCGCGUAUUCAUCCAUUCGCUUCAAGCUUAGCAUUGCCUUUUCGACUCCUACUCGAUAACGUAAUCGAACGCUUUUGCGUCUGGCAACUCGUAAAACGCUACCCACUUAUAUUCGGCCAUUGGAAGCAGCAACUGGAUGUCGAACGAUCAUUUUUCAAGAAAAUUUUCCGCUCUGUGUCCCGCAUCGCAACGAGAUCAAACAACUCUCAGUUUCGCAAUAAAUGUGCUCGCCGGUUCAAGUCCAUUCAAGACCAGCAUGAUGCAAACUUCGCAGCCGCAAGCUUAGAAGACGAACCAGUGCUCGAUGACGAAGAAUCACUCAGCUUAUCCCUGGAACUUUGUUAUCGAACCCAUUUGCGCCGCCCCCGCUUCAAGGGAGCUAACCAUUCAACGACAGCAAACCCCAAUUUAGCUGACGACAGCGAGUUUUCUCAAGACUUACUUACGCCUCAAUCUUCCCAACAGUUUGACGAAGAGUAUCUUUGGUCCGAUGCAACGGCGGUGCCUAUUACAGCCAAUCCUGACUUGCUACUUGGGUGCGACAGCGAUAUCAAACCAGUCCCCAUCGAGUAUCAAGACCUAUCCGAUUUCUGGGACGAUAGCGACAACGAAAUCGAAGAUAUGCUGGACCAAGCUUCACCUUCGGAUGACGACAUACGUCCCUCUACCAACGAUGAAAGCUUGUUGGACCCCGUCGGCAUCGACCGAGACGUUAGUGAGGACGACCAAUUUGCAUUGGAAUGGGAAGAAGAAGAAGACGUGGAUAGGUCAGCAGACGAGCUUGCGCUAUCCCCAAGUGCCUUGCCUGCCGACUACGGCUUCGAGCCAGAUUUGGUUUGCCAAGCGGCUUUCUCAGGCUUGUCGAGCAAGUAUUGCGAUCAUGACCUAGAGCUGGCUUUCGACUCGGACGACCCAGAUGGACUGUGCCAUGGAAAGGCAGACUCGCCAGAGGCCAGGAACGAGCUGGAGCAUCACGAUGUUAUAAUGAGUGUCGAUGGAGAAACAAUAGGCGCCGGUGAAUUCUGUGGAGUGGCUGGAUUGUUGGAAGAGGAUGAAUGGAUGGCUGCGGAUUCCCAUACCAACGCGUCGGAGAUCGAAAUGCUAAAAUCGGUGACGGCCGAGCGGUCACACUUCGUAAAGUCUUCUUGCCCUCCGCCUCCACCUUUCCCGCUUAUAACCUCUUUCUUCUCUCGCCUUCCUUUACGACCCAACACCAUAAUGCUUCCCGCCCAACGCAACAAGGUCGAUAUGAGUAAGCUCAAUGAGCAAGAGCAACUCUUGUUCGCCAAGUAUGGAAAGCUACCGACACACAAGAAUGUCCUCAUGAAGAUGCAGAAGGAUCGCAAGUAUUUUGACUCGGGUGACUACGCACUCUCCAAGGCUGGCGUGGCUCCGCAAAACGCUGUUGGUACUGCGAUUCCCAAUCCCGAAAACAUUCCCCAUGCCUCCUCCCCGCCCAUCAACGGCCACGCUGGUCUCUCCACAUCGCCUACGAAUCCCACCAGUCCGGUCAAUAAAGAGAGUGGACUUGCUCAUGACGACGAGUCCUCAACCAUUGCCACCGUCACUGAGGCGGCCCCAAUAACUGCCGAGUCGUGA